AUGAGGUCGAUGGUGUGCUUUGCAAUCUUAGUCCUCGCCGCAGUAGCCUUAGGGCAUAAGGCGGAGGAGAAGAAAGCAAUCGAUGGUGGCAGCGAGAAGAAGCAGGAGAAACGCGGUCUCUUGGAUUUGGGUUACGGGUACGGCGACGAGUACGAUCAUGGGUACCAUGUGGGACAAGGAGGUCACGGUUUUGGAAGCGGUUUGGAGUCGUUCGGACACCAUCACCAUCAUCAUUACGGACCAAUUGAUCUGGGACACUCGACAGAUGUUGAGAAGACCAUCACUUAUUACAAGGGUAUUCCGCAACCGUACCCGGUGACAAAGCAUAUUCCGGUACCUGUUGAAAAGCACAUUCCGUACCCUGUCAAGGUUCCGGUACCACAUCCGUACCCGGUGGAGAAGCGCAUCCCGUACCCAGUCAAGGUAGCAGUGAAGAUCCCAGUGCCGGUACCACAACCGUACCCAGUCGAGAAGCGCGUCCCGGUACCAGUCAAGGUUUACAUCGAUAAACCAUACCCUGUCAAGGUUCAUGUUCCACAACCCUACCCAGUGAUCAAGCACGUGCCAGUGCCCGUUAAAGUACAUGUCCCAGCACCGUACCCAGUCGAGAAGCAAGUACCAUACCCAGUCAAAGUACCAGUGCAUAUUCCACAACCGUACCCAGUCGUCAAGCAAGUGCCAUACCCAGUGAAGGUACCUGUAGACCGUCCAUACCCAGUCCAUGUCCCACAGCCGUACCCAGUCCACAUCGUGAAGAAGAUCCCAGUACCAGUAGAGAAGCAAGUACCAUACCCAGUCAAAGUGCACGUAGAUAGGCCAGUACCUUACCCAGUCGAAAAACCCUACCCGGUCCCAGUUAAAGUACCAGUACCACAACCCUUCCCAGUCUACAAGGAAGUCCCAGUCCACGUCGAGAAACCAGUACCGUACCCAGUUAAAGUACCAGUGGACCGUCCAUACCCAGUGGAAAUCACCAAGCACGUCCCAGUCCACGUAGAAAAACCGGUCCCAUACCCAGUCAAGGUACCAGUCCCAGUCCACGUGCACGAUCAUCACCAUGACCACCACGACGUCCACGACUUCCACGAUCAUCACGAUCACCAUGACAACCACGAUCAUUACGAUCACUACGAUCACCACUACUAAGUGAUACUCGCUCAUUCCACC